CUAAUUCCGCUUCAUCGUGCUUUUUCGUGGUGGGAAACGGUAUUCGCCAGUUCAGUCAGUUUCUCCAACCAACAAAAUCCGCUGUCGAAAUUGGCCUUGGUGGCGGCAUAUCUUUCCAGCUUUCUCAUAAAAUAGUUUGUCGAACAGAUUCUAUUCUAAAGCUCUUCUAUUGCACCAUUAAAAACAACCAUGAUGAACCAGGAACAACAACACCAAGAAAUCAAGAUGGAUGUUUCUACCCUUCAAGCCAUGAGACGCCAGGAGAAGAACUACAUGUGUGGCGAUUAUCUCUACCAACAACAAGAGGAGAGUCGCUACCGCUUGAACUGGCCCCAACAAAAUGGCAUUAAUGUGGCCUGCCGAUCUUCCAUGCUGAUUUGGAUGCAAACUGUGGUCAACUUUAUUGGCUUUGAACCGGAAACCGUGGAGAUUGCCAUGAGUUAUCUGGAUCGCUUCCUGCAAACUCCCGCGGGCAACGAUGCCAUGAAUUGCCGUACCAUUUUCCAGCUGGCUGCCAUGACGGCCUUGUACACUGCCGUCAAGAUUAACUGUGCCGAAGCCCUGACGCCCAAGCUCUUGGCCGAACUGAGUCAAGGAUCCUACCAGGAAGAUCAGUUUGAAAACAUGGAAUGCAUCAUGUUGGAAGCUUUGCAGUGGCGCGUCAAUCCACCCACUGGCACCUCCUUGGUACACGAGAUUGUGGAUCUCAUUGUUGCUUCUUCUCAGUUGGACAUGACGGAAGAGCUGCAACAAUCCAUUGUGGAAACGGCCCGUCUUCAAGCCGAGUUUGCCCUCGGAGACUACGAGUUGGUCACCAUUAAGAAAUCAAUCGUUGCCGUGGCAGCCGUGGCCAAUGCUCUGGAACACGAACGCAUUCGUGGAUUCCAUCUGCAAACGUUUCUGCAAGAGGUUCUUGUCUCGGGGCAACAACAAGAAGACAGCAGUCUGGAGUUGGACCUCAAGCAGGCCUCUUUGGUGAAAAAGACUCUGCGAGAAGCACUCCCCGCAGACGACGGAGAAGAACAAGAUCCUUCCACCGUCGUGCUCGACAUGGAUAGCAGCUCUCGAUCCAUCGGCAAAUCCUUGCAGGAGGACGAAGACGUCCCUCGAAAGCGCAUGUCAGCGGGACGUUCUCCGCGAUCUGUCAUUCAACGAAAUGUUGCACAUGCAGCUUAAUCAUUUCAAACAGGAAGCUAGCUGCAGUGGCAAUGCAUGUUCUGUUUUGUCUUGAUGCAAUACUUUCAUACUAUUAUCUCUCCUUGAUCCCAUUAUCAUUCUCUACUAAUCAUUCAAAACUACUACCAACGAAUACAAAUAAAACAAGCAACCUUGUUGUUGUAAAUCUAAUUCAUAAGACAAAGAGCAAUACAAGCAACUACUAAACUAAACAAUUCCCAAUGUCACACUAAAGG